GCCGAUCAGAUCAACUCGAUCAUCCCGAUCACCCAAAUUCCCCGAUCAGGCCCGACCAUGCUCGACUAAAGGCGAAUACACGACUUCUUCUCGACCUCUUGUCGAUCACACACGAUUUCCACACGAUUAUUCACGACUCCUUCACGACGUCAACCCGACCACCUUUCCGAUUUCCGCUCGAUCAUCCCGACCUUUACACGAUCCCUACACGAUCUCAACUCGACCUACUGGAUCUCUGCUCGAUCGGUGUCAGAUCUUUCCCCGACCCGAUCGUCAUAGUCGUACUCGAGUCGUAGAAGGUCGUGAACAGUCGUGUACCAAAACUUUUAGAAUAAAAACUUCAAACAGUGUUGAUCAUUAUCACUUCAUCCUGAAACUUCAUGGUAUAUGUUGUGUCCAGCAUAGUAUACAUAUUUAUGGAGAUUGAGCAGUUGCAGAUGUGGGCCAGAUGGUUAGAGCUCCAGAGAGACAGGGCCAUUGCAGUGCUAGAGUUGGAACAAGAGGAAGAGGCUGAGGGUCGUAGGCAUAGACGUAGGCGACAAAUGCGCAGGAAAAUAUGGAUGAAGCAGUGGCUUGCACGACGACCCCUGUAUGGGCAUUAUGAGCAACUGCUACAGGAGCUAAACAGGGAAGACCCAAAAGGAUACAAAAAUUUCCUAAGGGUAGACGCUGAUAUGUUUGGGGAGCUUGUUGAUCGCAUAUCACCCAGAAUUCAGAAAAAGAACACCAACUUCAGGGAAGCCCUGGAGCCUGGAUUGAAGUUGGCGGUCACUCUUCGUCAUCUCGCAACUGGAGCCUCGUAUUCAGACUUGAUGUACUCAUUCCGAGUGGGAAGUAACACAAUAAGUAAAUUCGUCCCUGAAGUUUUGGAUGCUAUAAUACAGGAGUACUCUGAAGAGGUUUUGCCAGACGUCGUCACUGCUGAACAAUGGCAGCAGAUUGCAGAUGACUUCCGAACCAAGUGGAAUUUUCCUCAUGUCUGCGGGGCUCUUGAUGGUAAGCACGUGAGGAUAAAGAACCCGAAGAACUCUGGAUCUCUGUUCUAUAACUAUAAAGGCUUCUUUUCCAUAAUACUACUCGCACUCGUAGACGCAAACUACAAAUUCAUCUGGGUAAGCGUUGGUGCUAAUGGCAGUGCAUCCGAUGCCCAGCUAUUCAAUAACACUGAACUCAGAACCAUGCUAGAAGAAAACAACCUUGGUUUGCCUGACCCUGAUCCACUGCCUGGCGAUGACAUGAACACCCCAUACUUCCUCAUUGGAGAUGACGCCUUCCCGUUGAGAACUUGGAUGAUGAAGCCAUACUCCAGACGCAACUUGACCAACGAGGAGCGCAUAUUCAAUUACAGGUUGUCCAGGGCUAGACGAGUGGUAGAAAACGCCUUCGGUCUUCUCGCUAUGCGGUUUCAGUGCCUACUUGGCUGCUUGAACCAGAUGCCCGAAACCGUUGACUUGAUUAUUCUUGCAUGUGUCACACUGCAUAACCUUAUCAGCAUACGGUACCCUGCCAUUGCAAGACUGGCCGUCGACCAAGAGGACGAGCAUAACCAAUUAGUACCUGGUGAAUGGCGCCAAGGAAGACAGUUGGCUGAUUGUGAUCGGACCCAUGGAAGAAAUGUGGUGACAUCCGCUGGGGUCAGUCAGAGGAACUACAUUAAACACUACUUCAACUCCCGAGCUGGUUCAGUUGAGUGGCAACAGAAUAUGAUUUAGUGUGUUAGUUACUUUGGAAAGAUAUUUUGAUGAAGUGUAUAACCUAUAUGAUGCGAGUAUGCACAAGUUAUGUAGUUAUUAAAGUGAUUUCCGAUAUGUUUAAGUAUAUUAUAGUAAGUCAUCUUCUAUUUGGAUAUGAUAGUUUCCAUGAUAUGUUUGUUAAUGGAGGAAAUAAGCUUCAAGUAUACAUGUAUAUACAAUAGAGUUGAUUGUUUGUUUCUUGAUUUUAUGCCCUUUUUCGAAGUAUUUCAAUCAUAUCACGGUGGUGAGUUAACUUAGAACAUGACCUAAGUCGGCAACAAGAAAUAGCCACAUACCAGUAAUUUACAACUUUCAUUUAUAGUUCACCCUAGUUUCUGAGCCAAUCACCGUCCAGAGAUUUUUCAA